ACAACUUGCCUUUUUGGGGGUGUGAGAUGGGUUAAGCACAUGUUGGACGACGGACAUCACCAUCAACCUCAGCAGCCUCCCUCACCCCGCAGUGAUGCUCCGACUUUGAUUAGCGCAGGAAGCUCCAGUGUGACCCUACGAUGGCGGGUCCCAGUGGAGACCAAAGUGGAGGACAUCAAGGCUGAGUGGCGACCCUCUGGGUGGAUUCUUGCAGGCGCUUGGAGGCAAGUCACACUAUCGACAGACGACAUCAGCAUACAGCCCCGCACUGCAAGCUCCUCUUCCCUUUGUGAAGAAGUAGAAGAGCUUCCUCCGUACGCUGUAACUGUAACCUUGCGCGGCCUCGAACCGCUCGGGUCCUAUGAUGUCCGCUUGGAUGUUGGAGGCUUCAAGAAAAGUACGCCUCGAAGGUGUCAGACAUUGGCUGUGGCUCCACCACUGCAUGCUGCACCGCGCUUGAAGUGUGCCAGGUAUGACCGCUUGCUGCUUAAGUGGGCAAGUCCUAGCUCCCAAGUGGAUGAGGUCACGAGCUACAUCGUGCGCUUUUUUGACACGGAACCACGCUGGCCUGUGAAGCAUGAGAUUGAGGUGAAGCUAGCAUCUCGCUUGCUGAAGCCCAGCGCGCAGACUGCGAAGUUUCUUGAAGGCAGUGUUGCCAUGCUGAUCAGCACAGCGGUGGAGGAAGAAUCGGAUCCAUUGGAUGAUGAGCCGGUGAGAAGCGCGAGCUGCGAGGAUUGUCAAGAGGUGCACUUUUGGCUUACUGGCCUCGCAGCUUCACGAAUGUACUAUGUACAAGUGGCCGCAAAGACGGCAAGUGGUCAAGGAGAAUGGUCACCUAAGAGUGAUCCACUUUUUACGUGGCGCAGAGCACCAAAGCUUGCCGCGCCAAAGCUUCUCUUCCCCUCGCAUGGCUCUUUGGUCUUUGGUUUGGCGUAUGAAUCCCUUGAAGAACCUAGCAAAGGGCAAGAUGAGGAGGUGGAACACUUUGAAAUGCAGUUGCAACCAAGCCAGCGAGGCUAUGAGGUUCAAAACUUGGAGUUUUCCUCCAGCGAUGCCUCAAUGUUGGCUACGACCUUGAGACCACACCUGCACUUGGAUGACGAGGUGUUCCCUUCACACGUGGUCAUUGCAAGUGGCUUGACAAGCCGGAGUGGCUAUUCUUGCACAGCACUGGCUAUCACCCAUGCUGGACGCGGUGAGAUCUCACAGAUCACCCGUGCAGAGACGCUAGCCGUUCCUCCUGCAAUCGCAGAUGUGAAAGUGGAACAGGUGGAUCACAACAGCGCCACCAUCUCUUGGAGGUUGUCUGAGCGUACAGAUAUCCAGGAGUUGAUGAAGAUUUGCAUGCCUGACUCCACAGAGUUUCAAGAGCGCCAACUGCGAGGCUUUCGAAUUCGAAUCUGCUACGAGCCCGAGCUGGAAACUACAGGCAGUGGCAUCCGUGCGCAGCCUCUGUGGACUGAGAUCCUGGGAGCACGUGCAGCUGCUACCGCCUCUGAAAAGCCAGGCUACUACUCAUUGAAGGUCCGUGAGCUUCGACCCAGCAGCACCUGCCUCGUGCAGGUAGCAGCUGUUGCUGUGGGGCCAGGAGAUGGUGAGUGGUCUGAUUCAGCGCAAAUUUGUACAGAAGCGCUGGCUCCAGAACUCCGGGGGCGUUUGGACGUCGAGAUGAGCUUCCGACAAAGUGCAAAGCUCAAAUGGGUGACACCCAAAGACAUUGCAGGUUCGCCAGUGCACGCGUACAUGGUGUACCUUGGGCGGGCCCGUGAUCGUGGCCGCUCAGCAGUCCGUGAGUUCGAGCUGCCCUUGCAGGCAGUAUCUGCAGGCACGGCGGAGGCAGUCGAAAUGGGCUCCAUUUGGAAGCAUGAAGGCUCGAUUACCUACAUGGAGCUCCGGAUGCUUGAGCCUGGUACAGCUUACACUGUCCAGGUUGCAGCUGUGACCUUACGAGGGCUUGGUGAAAGGAGCGAACCAUGCAACUUCACCACGCGAUCUGUGGCGCCUUCCAUGGGAGCGAUCCUUCCGAGAGUGGUGCACUCCUACCAUGACCACUUGGUCUUGGAAUGUUCAGGUCCGGUGCCGGAUUGGUCACGAUCAGAAAGCAGUGAUGUCACUGGCUUCAGCGCGAGAUACUUUGAAUGCUCGCGCUAUGGCUAUGCACCUCAUGGGGCCUGGAUCAUCGUGGAGAAAGUCGACUUGGUCGAAGAGAAGGGCAGCACGGACCUGAUACGCUUUUCUCUCAAGGCCUUGCAGCCUGAGAGGCAGUAUAUCGUCCAGGUCGCUGCGGUCACAGCAGCAGGUAAGGGGCCAUGGUCCGAGCAGAGCGCACGGCUCAGCACUUGGCGCGUGGCGCCACGCCUUGCAGCGCCCAUUGCCGUGAUGCAUACGCACGACACGCUGGUUCUGGGCUGGGAUGGUGAGGUCCUGGAUGACACCUUGAGCAGUGCAGUUCAUGAUGAGAACAUCAAUGAGUUCAUGGUCAAGGUCGCCCCAGCCGGCAAAGCGGUGCAGGCACGGACGCUUCGGGUCUCCUUCAACCAGGCGGUUUCAUCAGCACAGGCUUGGCGGGAAGCUGGAGCAAGUGAUGGUACAGAUGGGGGUGCUUUGAUUUGCGAAGGGAGCGUGAGCUCCAACUUUGUGGCAGUGGUGCCCGGGCUUUCGCCAAAUCAAAGAUAUAUGUGUCAGGCUGCAGCAGUUUCUGCUGCUGGACAGGGAGAGUGGUCAGCGCAAUCUGCAGAGGUCUUGACUUUGCCUGUGGCUCCUGCAGUUCUUGGGGCACGAGUGGACGAGGUACAGCAUGAUCAGAUCGUAGUGUCCUGGGAACACGUGCAGCUGCGACCGGGAGUUCCUCAAAGCCUUUGUGACAAGCUUGGACUCACUAAAUCCAUUGAGGAGUUGCACCUCUGUGGUUACUCUUUGCGCUCUGCUGCCUGGACAACUUGGCGUGGCCUCUCUUGGUCCAAGCAUGUGAAUGUCGAGGUGGACACAGUGACGAUGAGCGAAGGUGGCCACUUUCAUUAUGCUGUAAAAGACUUGGAGCCAGAGAAGAACUACGUGGUCGAGAUUCGGGCUUUGAGCGCCAGCGGCGCUGGCGCAUGGUCCCGAGUGAGCGAACUUCCCAUUUGUACCGCUUUGGUAGCACAGGAGCCUUCCGCUCCUGAGCUGGUCUAUGCAACGGCUUUUGCAUUGACGUUUUCUUUUGCAGGGGUGGAGGAUGACAGGCUUGUGGCUUACGAGGUCAGGCGCCAUGAAGGUCCUUGGCGCAGCCCCUCAAAGCCUUUGCGAUUUGACCAUCAGUCUCUUGCAGUGCGGGUCACCUCGGAGAACCGUUGGGUAGUCACUGUCGAUCAGCUCAAAAAGGAGACAACCUACACCUUGCAGCUCAGGGGCGUCACGGCCGCGGGUGGCGUCACCAAGUGGUCUGAGAAGUCCGAGCCCAUGUCGACCUUGGCCGACGAGCACGGACACGAGGUUGAGCUCAGCGUCGGAGUUAAUGAGGAGUCACCGGCACCACUGGCUGCUGGCCCACCAGAUGUCGGCUCUGCGGAGUCGGUGGAGGAUUUCUCGAAGAAGUUGGAAUCAGUCCUAUCCUUCACAAUCGACCAGGCCACAGCUGGUGUGCGACUACCGUCAGUGCGGAUCCCCUCAGUCGCAGAGCAGGCAGAAGAAUUGCUGCACACUCAUCGAAAUGAUCGCAAUGCAGCUGUAAAGGCUGCAGCACGGAUCGAGGAUGAUGAUACCUGGCGUUCCAAGUUGCCAGACUUCCUCAUUCAACAGGUGCCCGUAGUUGGUUGUUCCACAGUGCUGCUGCGCGAGCUUUGGCGAAACAUUCGGCGCUGCGCCUUGGUGGCCCAUCUCUAUGGCCACGACACCCGCAGCCCUGAAACGCAAGCGCUGAUCCUCACAUGCCUGGUGCCAGCGGGUGGUGGCAGUCCCGCAGUGCCAGCCGUUCCUUCUGGAAGUGGGAGUGCAAGCUCUCAGCAAGGUUUCGUAAAGCCCAACGCUGUUGGCAAUCCUGGCUCGGCCGCUGGACUAGAGGACGUUGUCUCAAGCCGCAGAGUGGCGCUCCUUGUCUCCCGAGCUCUCGCAAAGGAGACGUUCGUCCGUGCUACAGGCUUUAAAACAGCGGGACAGGUUGUAGGCCUUCUGGAAGUUGCUGGCCGGCUGUUGGCAAGCAAUACAAAGGAUGCAUCUACCGAGAGUGCAGCAGCCCUGAGCAGCGAAACAGAUGACACCUUGGUGGCUGAUGCGACUUCUCCCGUCCAAGUGUCCCUUGUGGUGUUCCGACCUUUGUCAAUGGAUGAGAGGCCUUCUGUGGUCAUCGGUUUGCUUGCCUUGUGGCUUUUGCCCAUCUUUGUGUCUGCGGCACGCUUCGUAUUCAACAAAGUUUAUCCCCUCAUGGCGCAACGCAUGGAGUUGCCUUUGGCGGCACUUGUUGGUGUGCUCUUGAUCAUGCAGGUUUUAGGUGUGCUAGCAGUAAUCUGGGUUCAGCAGAACUUGGAGAACUUUCUAAGUAUACCAGCCACUUUGGUCUUUGUGCUGUACACAUUGAUCCCGGCCAUCUCAGUGUGCCUGGCCACGCGCAGUGUGCUUCAAGGAGCACAUGAGGCUCCAUUCUUUGCCCUGCUCGGAGUGUUCAACUUGGCCAGCGGCUACUUGCGUUGGGCGGGAGAUUUGAGUGACGAUGCUGCACUGGACCAGCAGCCUAUACCACGCUUUGCUGCUUGUCGCGAACAGGUGACGCGCUGGCGAGAAUGGCUGUGGAUUGGGCUUCUGAUUGACUUUGUUUUAGAGGAGAUCAUGGGACGUGUUUGCGGCCUACACGCAUUGCGGCUGCUUGGGCCGCCAAUCACCAGCACACAAGCGACGCUCGUGGAGUACCGCACCCUUGCCUUUGCUGUUGGACUUGUAGCAGCGCAAGCACAGGCGCGAGCUUUGGUUCUGCUGCAGCGAAGGUCCGUCCUUCUCCGCCUCCUGGGCGCUCGAAAGGCCUUCAUUGGUGGCAUCACUUUGCUGCUGAUGGGAGCAUUCGCGGUGGUUCAACAGCCGCGGACCAUGGCUUUCCUGAGAGAGGUUUCGCCAACGCCAUGGUGGUGCUGCAUGGUCCUUUGGCUCAGACAGUUUGGUGCCAUUGCCGGCGCUUUGCUGCCCUUGGUGCUUUACACCCUUGUCCAGCCGCAGUCCUUCGGGCGGCUAUCAGUGGACACGUUGGUACCUUUGGCUGUCUCUGCGGGGUGCGUUGCAGGCUACAUGUUUUGUCAGUCCUUCACUGCAUUAUGGCAAGAGAAGCGAGAGCACUUGGAGUCAGACUAUCGAGUGAUCUUCCUCUUCCCUCACAUGAGCUCCCAGGCGAGGCAAAAAGCUUCCGCAGCGAUGCGGGUGACGCUGAAGCGUGGUGCGGAGGCGACCAAGAACACUGCUGCGGAAUGGGUAGCCACUCGUGCAGUGAGAACUGGCAUGGACUUCUUCGUGAGAGCAUUGUCGAGACGUACUGCUUUGCCCAUGGACUGAAGAAACACUGGCCUUGGCCCAACCACACCCGAGCUCGAUCGCAGGAUCAUGUGCCGUGC